CGACUAAUGCGCCACGCAACUGCUACUAUACGAGCUAUGGACCCUCCCUGGAUUUGGAAUUGCCGCAAGAUCCGGUCAACGUCACCCGCAUGUGGUAUAAUCGUGCUGCUGACCGUUCGCCGGCCACAGGAAGAAUACAGCAUCAUUUGGCAGUCCUAGAGCGGCCCAACGUCGUUCGUCGAUUGUUUUACUAUACCAAGGCUCUCAUCAGUGGCAUGCCUUUCGUGAAUGCUCGGGACUCCGAUAAAGACGGCUAAUCUCGAGUCUCGACUAUAGCUGUCCCGGGAAACUCGGCGAUCUUAUGUUGUCACACGUAAUUCCCGUGGUUGGCAAACAGGACAACAUGCUACGGCCGCCUUACCCUCGUAUUGAGUGGGCCCGGUGAUGGAUGACGCCCAGGCUCCGCCCACUUAUAGUAUGUGAGUAUAUACAAAGAGAGUUGCUGUGGCCGCUGAGACAGCAGACGACAAAUGGAUUUCAACAGCUCAAUGCCGGUGAUCACCUUAUGUCGCUCUACAGAUUCACCUUGACAUUGGGCGUGGCUCUCGCUGCUUUGCUCAUUUAUGGUCUGCUCUUCGUUGGCAGGAGAGCACGUCACUUACCACCAGGACCUCCAACACUGCCCGUGAUCGGGAACGCGCAUCAAAUCCCGUCAAAGGGCGCACAUUACAGGCUCACGGAAUGGGCAAAACAGUACGGAGGCAUCUACAGCCUCAAACUGGGUCCUGGGACUGCAAUUGUUCUGACUGACCGCCGCCUUGUCCGCGAGAUCCUGGACAAAAGAAGCGCUGUGUCGAGUGGCCGUCCCAUGUCAACCGUCGCUCAGAAACUCAUCGGCAGUGACGACCACUUACUUGUCAUGGACUACGGUCCUAAGUGGAGAGACAUGAGAAAGCUCAUCCAGCAGGAACUUACGGCGGCGGCUUGCGAGAGAGAGUACGUCGAACUCCAAGAGGCGGAAGCCGCCCAAAUGCUUCGUAACUUUGUCGAAGCACCGGAUCGUCUCAUGGACCACCCCAAGCGCUUCAGCAACAGUGUCAUCAUGAGCAUAAUGUUCGGCACACGUACGCCUGAUAACGAUACCCCUCACAUGACACGACUCUACGACGUUUUGCAUGACUUUCAGAAAGUCAUGGAGCUCGGUGCGACGCCACCGGUCGAUUUGUUCCCUUUGCUGAAGUGGGUGCCCGAACGCUGGUUGGGGCACUGGAUCACCCGAGCCAACAAAGUCGGCCGUAGUCUGGAUUCGUUAUAUGGCGAUAUCUUACAGGCCACCAUCCAGAGAAGAGAACAGUCCGGCAGCAAUCGCUCGGUCAUGGACAAGGUGCUGGACCGGCAAGAAGAAGAAAAACUCAACCUGACCAGACACCAGCUCGAAUUUCUAGGCGGCGUAGCCAUGGAAGGAGGCUCCGAAACCACCGCGGCGGCCAUAUUGUCCUUCAUCAAAGCCAUGACAUGUUUUCCCAAAGCGCAGGCCCAAGCCCAAGUGGAGAUUGAUGCAGCAAUAGGAGAAGAUAGGUCUCCAAAGUGGUCCGAUCGUGAGAAACUGCCCUACGUCUUGCAGAUUGUCAAAGAAACGAUGCGAUGGAGGCCCGUCGGUGGUGUUGACGUGCCACAUGCACUCUCAGAAGACGUCUGGUUCGAAGGCAUGCUCUUACCCAAGGGUAGUAUACUCCUACUUAACGUCUGGGGCCUCCAUCAGGACGAAAAGCGAUUCGACGACCCCGCCACGUUCGAACCAGAUCGUUACGCUCAUUGUCACCAGCUAGCCAAUGAGUAUGCCGUCUCCUCGGACUACGAAGCUCGAGAUCAUUAUAAUUACGGCGCCGGCCGCAGAUUAUGCCCCGGCAUCCAUCUAGCUGAGCGGAACAUGUUUAUCGCCGUGGCCGAGCUCCUUUGGGCGUUCUCCUUUCAGAAGAAAGUCGACGACAAGGGCGACCCGAUCGAGCCGGAUCUGGACUAUGCGACGGGUUUCGAAGAAGGUCUGGUUAUAUGUUCGAAGCCGUUUCCCUGCGAAAUCAAGCCGCGGUCGCAGAGGCGUGUCGAGACUAUAAUGAGGGAGUUUCAGGUGGCUGAGGCGGAGAUUUUUCCACAGUAUGCUUGGUGAAGGGAAUUCUAUAUGGAGUACUACUAGCACGGUUUCAUGAGUAAAUCGGAUAUUCUGGUGCUAGGGUGUCGUUCGACGACAAACGGCAGCAACGACAAUUUGGGUGGUAGGAGGACUCCUUGUUCAAAGUCAGGUCUAGGGCAACGUAUAUAGUAGAACUCCCUAUUCAAGACCAGGUCUAGGACAACAUAUGUGGUAGGAGGGGGUCCUGUUCAAAAAAAGAGGCCU